CUACCACCGUUGGUUCCUUCCGCUGUCUCCAGACGUGAUGGCAUGUCUUGACGACCUCUCCUUCACAGUUGAACUCCUUGUCAAGACUAGGUAGGUCUUCAUCAUACCAAACCAAUUUCGACACCAGACGCGUCUCCGUCCAUUCCCUCGCUCACGCGUAUCGAACCUACCGCGUCCCUCACCUCUCGAUGAAGAGCCACCCUCGUUUCCAAUGUGUCGCUUCGAGCUCUUUGGUAGACUCAUUCUUUGGUGUCAGCCAGCUCAUAAACCAUCCUCCAUAAAUGACCUCAACUCCGACCCAGGACCACGAAUAGGCUCAUCGCCUCCUCUCCCCUCCGCCACCGAAAAACCUGCAACAUGCUUCAUGAAAUCCUCCUCUCCCUCUCAGGGAUACAUUCCCCCGCCUGGGAUCAGGUACGAGCCGAAGACAGAGAAGGAUCUGGGCUGAAUCAAUAUGUAUCGCCACCAGAACGUUCAAUGCUGAACACCCUUUCACACCUACAUGACUUGCACGUGGCUAUCAAGCAAGAAACUGCGACCAUUGUCGCAAAACAGACCUCGAUGAUUUGUAGAGCUUUAGCCUCUUCAGUAUCCGAUGUUCAGCUGGCCAAGUUUACACACAGUAUAGUUCAUGUGGAAUCCUCCAUCCUCAACAAAGAUGCUGGUUACGUCGCUGCGUAUGGCAUCGUUCCAUUGAGCACGAUAGUCUCAGAACUUGCACCGUGGACUCGACGCCUUGAAUGGAUGUCAGCUAUGGUGCAGUAUUUAAAGCACUCUUCCGGCGCUGCAGCUCUCGACCGUUUAGAGCGUGAACGUCAUACAGGGUAUUCUGAUAUUGAAGACAUGGUGAACGAACUCCUUCGUGUUGGCCAUACUGCCUGGAUGCGUGCCGCAAACCUUUGGAUUCUCUUUGGGAAACUGCCGACGUCUGGACGAGAGGAUUUCUGCGUCAGACCGAAUCCGAACCCCUCGUCUUUCACAGAUGCCUUCGUGUUGCAACAUUCUCUUCUCCCAGGCUUUGUCAAGCCCCGCGCAGCACAGGCCCUUCUAUCCAUUGGCAGUGCCCUCAAUCAACUUCACUCUCAAUCGUUGUCGAAGCCCACAUCCUUAGGAGGUUCCAUCGAUCAUGCAGCAGCUCUUCUUCCAGGCCAUCUCAAACUACUUGAAUCUCUCCAUUACCCUAUAGACUCAUCACACCUGGAAAGCACCCUCGUGUCGAUAAAUCAGUCCAUAUCGGAGAAUGCCUUGUCACAGAUCCUUCCUGUUGCGCUGGUCCGGCAGCUACUCGAGGUUAUUCACUCUUACGUCCUCCUUCAAUAUGGCGAAUUCGCCGUCUCACUCGUAGGUCAGGCCGAUGACCGUAUUACUGCUCGCCACCAAACGGACAAGUCAAUUCUCCCCAUUCGAAAGACUGGCCGGUUAGAUGGAAUGACCAUGAAAGAGAGCGAGCUCAAUAGCAUCCUCAACAAGACCUUUGGAGAUUUGGCAGCUGUACGCGGCGAUUACGAAUCAGACGAAGAAACCUUUGAGCUUUCACGGAAACUUUUGUCACUAAGGCCCUACGAUACCCGGCGCGAUCCAACUGUCAUCUCUACCCUUCUCCCAACGCCAGUAUCUUUACACCUAACUAUCCCGGCCUCAUCUCCACUACACAUCUUCCUAGAUCCAGCCGAUGCCGAGCUAUAUUCUCGGUUCAACGCAUAUCUCCUAUCCGUUCGAAGAGCUGGCAUGCACUUGUCUGCAUUAUGGAAAGUCUCACCACAACGAAGAAACCAUCCCACUCCCAUUGGCCCGCCAAGAAGCGCAUCUCAAGCUGGCCAGGCUUUACUAGCAGCACGCAGAGAGCGUGACGACAGACGGAGUCGAAGAACUCGACGUCAUUGGGUCGUCACAAGCAAAGCUUUGUUCACCAUCAACGAGCUCGAAUCAUAUCUCCACGGCGAAGUAAUUCAUUGCAGUUGGGACCAUCUACGAGGAUGGAUGGAUGGAGAUGCCAAAGACGGCUUAUCGUCAGCCAAAUCUUCCAGACCCGGAACCGCAUCAUCUGCCGAUCCGAGCAAAACAAAAGCCAUGUCCACCAACUCCUCCCUAGGAUCUCGCCAUAAAGGACCGCCUAGCGAUCCACGAACCCUCGCCGAGGCACACCGAGUCUAUCUGAAGUCACUUAGCUCAGCACUCCUCAUCUGCGAUGACGAGUACGCCCAAACCCUCAGAGCCACAUUAAUACUGAUCGACCAUUUCGUCGCUCUUUUUUACCGCAUCCAAACCGUCUGGGAGGGAUUAGACCUUCAAGACGACGAUGGAGUGGUAGAUGCAUUUUCCAACUACGUGCAGGACGAGAAGGAAGUCCUCGACGAAAUGGACCGCACGGCGAGUAAUCUCGAGACGUCGUUAGAUUCACUGGUGGACAGCAUCAAAGCAGGCGAGAAACAGUCGAAAGGCGCAGUGGGACCAAAUAACAAGUGGGAAUCCUUGGUGGGUCUUCAUCUCGACGACAGUCGGUUUUCUCCUUGGCCGAAUAGGACGAUUGAUCGCUUGAUUAUGAAGUUGGAUGGUUUGGGGAACGGGAGAGUGGCGUCGGAAGAUAAAGAUGGGAGUGGGCUUGAUGAUGAAUGAUUAAUUGAUGGGAAUGGAUUGGAGUGGGAAUAAGGAAAUCGUGUUAUUUUUAUGUAUAGCUACACCCUCACCAGAACGAGAAGGCUUGGUAAGAGAUAUUACUACUCUGUAUCAAUCCUAACAUUAUAACCCU